AUGUUACAACACCUGGGAAGGAAAGCGAACUAUGCUAGUGGUUGCAGUGACACACGAUGCGAUGUCUAUGAUUCUAAUUCCGUUAUAAAUGCUGUCCACGGUGUCGAUGUGGUCUUUGUAUGCAUUGGAUUAGGUAUUGGUGUAGAGAAAGAAGGAAAUGAUAGACCGGAUAUGGAAUUACCCGGUAAACAAAAGCAAUUACUACAAGAUGUUAUCGAUAACAGUGGUGCAGCUAAAAUAAUCCUUAUAAGUUUCAAUGCGGGGCCGGUUAAUAUUCAGUGGCUUGACCAGAGUUCCCGGGUUUCAGCCAUUCUGGCUGUCUUCUAUCCAGGACAAAGUACAGGAGUUGCUCUCAGGAAUGCUCUGACCAAUCCUAAUAACCCACAGUUUGGUAGACUGCCUUACACAUGGUAUAAAUCUGCUAACCAGGUUCCGCCAAUGAUCGACUACUCGAUGAGCGGAAGAACUUAUAGAUACUUUAAUGGUGAACCACUAUAUCCAUUCGGUUAUGGUCUAACAUACACCACAUUUCAAUAUGAGCAUCCAGUUAUACCAGCAAAUAUAAAGGCUGGACGAGAUCUUCAUGGUUCUGUAGUUGUUCGAAAUACUGGUAGUCUUCCUGGAGAUGAGGUUGUUCAAGUCUACAUUUCCUGGUUACAAAGUUCUACACCUUCCCCACAAUUACAGUUGGUCUGGUUUGAUCGAGUAACAAUUGGUGGUAAUGGUCAGAUGACUGUGCAUUUUUCUGUAACCUCUAAACAGAUGGCCCUGUGGAUUGAUAAUACUGGAUGGAAAAUUGAAGCAGGUAAAUAA